AUGACGAGAGUUUCUUCGACAGAUACAUCGCAGCCCGUGUUUGAGCCCGUGCGGCUUUUGCGUACGGAGCGGGAGCGGUCGCAGUUGAAGACAGAUGAGAUUAACACUUUCUUGGAGUCCUCUCCGGAGCAGAGACAGUUGACACAUGAGCUGAUCGACCAGAUCGUUAAUGACCCCGUUUUGAAAUGUGACACUGGGUACUACGAACAGGAGAAACUGCAAGAGAGGGAAAACACGGUGAAGAAGAUCGCAAGGCUCGCUUUGUACAUGGAGGAAGAUAUCAAGACAGUGAGACAACACUUCAAGGGGACGGACCUGUUCCAGUCUUUGCAAGAGGACAGUGGCAGUCUGCCACCUUUGAGUAACAAGGACCUAUCAAUAUUCGAUAAGAGACUGUCCCUGCUGGCAAACAUCGACCCGCAGUUGUCCACCAGGGUUGGGGUCCACUUGGGGCUCUUUGGUAACUGUAUCAAGGGGAACGGUACUGACGAGCAGAUCAAGUACUGGCUACAGGAACGCGGGGCUGUUCUAUUGAAGGGUAUCUACGGCUGCUUUGCAAUGACCGAACUUGGGCACGGGUCAAACGUCGCAAACUUGCAAACACGGGCAACGUACAAUCAAAACACGGACACAUUCACCAUUAACACCCCGGACCUCACAGCGACUAAAUGGUGGAUUGGGGGCGCCGCACACUCAGCGACACACUCCGCAGUAUACGCUAGGCUUAUCGUCAAGGGUAAGGACUACGGUGUGAAAACUUUCGUUGUGCCCUUACGGGACCCUGUCAACUUCCAGUUGCUUCCAGGGAUCACCAUCGGGGACAUUGGCAAAAAAAUGGGCAGAGACGGUAUCGACAACGGUUGGAUCCAGUUCAGAAACGUUGUGAUCCCAAGAGAGUACAUGCUUUCUAGGUUCGCCAAAGUGACCCCCACUGAAGACGGUAAAGACGUGCAAGUGAACAUUGAGCCGCAACUCGAUCAGAUCUCAGGGUAUUCAGCCCUGCUGAGCGGUAGGGUGAACAUGGUCAUGGACUCGUUCAGGUUCGGAUCCAAGUUUGUUACCAUCGCCACGAGGUACUCAGUUGGGAGGCAGCAAUUCGCAAGCACAAAGGGCGCAGAGGAGUCUCAGUUGAUUGACUACUCACUGCACCAGUACAGAGUGCUCCCUCAGUUGGCCAUCGCGUAUAUGGUGUCCCCCGCGGCUUUCAAUUUGAUGAGCACGUACUACUCAACACUAGACGAACUGUACUCUGUCUCCUCAAACAAAAACGACAAAGGUUUGAAGACGGUUAGCGCCAAGUUGAAGAAUUUGUUCAUAUCGAGCGCAAGUUUAAAGGCAACAAACACCUGGCUUGUCGCCAACUUGAUCGAUGAGUUGAGACAGUGCUGCGGUGGACAUGGGUAUUCUCAGUACAACGGGUUUGGUAAGGGGUACAACGAUUGGGUUGUGCAAUGCACCUGGGAAGGUGACAACAACAUUCUUUCCCUAACGUCCGCAAAAUCCAUUCUCAAGAAAUUCGUGGACGCGGCCACAAAGGGUAAGUUCGACGAGGAGCUGGACUCAGACCUUUUCGACUACUUGGACCCCAAUUUCAUCAGGCAGGUGUACACCCACGAAGCAGAGGCUGAUUUGGUUGACGACGACUUGAGCUCGUACGUCGAGGUCUGGUCUAUAGCGCUCGUGAGCCUGCUCGUCCAUAUCGGGAAGACGAUCCAAAAGACCAAGGACUUCGAAAGAAUAACAAAGCUGCUGAUCCUAGUAUCCAAGUUUCAUGCCUUCCACACAAUGUUGAAGGCUUACUACGAGAAGUUAAGCGAUAACGCGUCCCCAGUUAAGGAUGAGGCCACCAAGGAGGCCCUAUGGGAUGUCUUUAAGCUGUACUCCGUCUACUUUAUCGACAAGUUUUCCGGAGAAUUCCAGCAGUUCAAGAUCUUCACGCCCAGCCAGAUCACCACUUUAGUCCAGCCAAAAUUGUUGGAACUACUCCCCAAGAUCCGGCAAAACUGUAUCGCGCUGACCGAUGCCUUCGAACUGCCUGACCAAAUGUUGAACGCUCCAAUUGGCUAUUUCGACGGGGACAUAUACCACAAUUAUUUCAACGAGGUGGUCAAGAACAACCCGACCGAGCCGGAUGGGGCUGGGAAACCACCCUACCAUGCGAUGUUGACCACCAUGUUGUCGAGAGGGUACGAGACGGACGAAAGACUGGGCGGGUCCUCCAGUACCUCGGUUUUGGAGAAACUUGGGAAGUGA